AUGUCGGGCCUUUUUGGCGCUGCGGCCACUACCACAACAGCUGCAAGUAACACCACUGGGGACAUUUCAAAAGACGUCGCCCUUAAUUCUCCCCCCGAGGAUAGCAUUUCAGAUCUUCGCUUUUCACCUGCAAGCGAUCACUUAGCUGUAGCAUCAUGGGAUAAGAAAGUCCGCAUAUACGAGAUCAACGAUCAAGGUCAGAGCGAGGGCAAGGCACUUUUCGAGCAUGAAGCUCCAGUUCUGAACUGCUGCUGGUCACCUGAUGGCACAAAAGUCGUUGGUGCAGGUGCAGACAAGGCGGCUCGCAUGCUCGAUCUUGCAGCCAAUGCCACCACACCUAUCCAGGUCGCCGCCCAUGACGCCCCGAUCAGAUGCUGCCACAUGUUUCCGAAUCCGGCUGGUGGCAACCCCCUCCUCGUGACUGGUUCCUGGGACAAACAAGUCAAAUACUGGGAUCUGCGGCAAUCGACGCCUAUCGCAUCAUUGGAGUGCCAGGAACGUGUUUACACCAUGGACGUCAAAGACAAAUUACUAGUUAUCGGAACGGCAGACCGGUACAUCAACAUCGUCGAUCUAAAUAACCCGACAAAGUUCUAUAAAACCAUGCAGUCUCCUCUAAAAUGGCAAACACGAGUGGUCAGCUGUUUUGCAGACGCAAGUGGCUUUGCCGUCGGGAGUAUUGAGGGCCGCUGUGCUAUCCAGUACGUCGAGGAUAAGGAUUCGCACUCGAACUUCAGUUUCAAGUGCCACCGUGAAACGCCUCCCAACCAACGCGAUGUCAACAAUAUCUACUCCGUCAAUGCCAUUUCCUUCCAUCCAGUUCACGGCACUUUCAGUACAUCCGGUAGUGACGGGACUUUCCACUUCUGGGAUAAAGAUGCCAAGCACCGUCUAAAGGGAUAUCCCAGUGUUGGGGGGACAAUCUCUAGUUCGGCUUUCAACCGCAAUGGAAACAUAUUUGCUUACGCCGUGAGUUACGACUGGAGCAAGGGAUACUCAGCGAACACUCCACAACUUCCCAAUAAAGUCAUGCUUCACCCCGUUGGGCAAGAAGAGGUGAAGCCGAGACCAGGUACUAGGAGGCGAUAA